GGCGAGUGCCUCCCUACCUUCCCGAUUGAGUUCCGUGUGCAAAAAGUCCAUAGACUAGGCCGGUUCGGCCUGCUGCCCCUGCAUUCGAAUACGGUGGUUGUUUCUAAGAGGAUCCGAGCCCUCCUAGACCACUUAGUUUUUACGAUCCGACCAGGUCGACUAAAAUAAAUAAUCCAAAAUGCCUUUCAAGCCAGUAGAAAACCCAAAAUGCCCCAAAUGCCAAAAAUCCGUCUAUGCCGCCGAAGAACGUGUGGCUGGAGGAUACAAAUUCCACAAAUCCUGUUUUAAAUGCGGCUUGUGCGGAAAAAUGUUAGACUCCACCAACGUAACUGAACACGAGGCUGAACUUUACUGCAAAAACUGCCACGCCCGCAAAUACGGACCUAAAGGUUACGGAUUCGGCGGUGGUGCCGGUUGUCUUAGCAUGGACACUGGAUCUCACCUCCAAGGGGAUGACGUAGUAGUCAAUAGAGCUCCUUUGCUACCCAAAGCUAUCGCUAAAGCGCCUGAAGGUGAAGGAUGUCCUAAAUGCGGAGGAUACGUUUAUGCUGCUGAACAAAUGCUUGCCAGAGGACGCGGCUGGCACAAAAUAUGUUUUCGAUGUGGUAACUGUGAUAGAUGGUUGGAUUCUACGUCACAUUGUGACGGACCUGAUGGUUGUGUAUAUUGCAAUGCUUGCUAUGCUCAACGCUUUGGUCCACGCGGCAUUGGCCAUGCGGGAGGAAAUUUCCUAGGUCUUAUGUCAGAUGCUUUGGAUCUUGAGUGGCAAAGCGGUCAAGCUCCGAAAAUCACCGUCAUCGACACGGCCGUCAUCAAGGCCGCUCCCGGUCAAGGCUGUCCUCGUUGCGGGGGCGUGGUCUUCGCCGCCGAAGAGGUAUUGGCCAAGGGCCGCCAGUGGCAUCGCAAGUGCUUCAAGUGCCACGACUGCACCAAGACGUUGGAUUCCAUCAUCGCCUGCGACGGACCCGACAGAGACGUAUACUGCAAAACCUGCUACGGCAAGAAAUGGGGACCUCACGGUUACGGCUUCGCCUGCGGCAGUGGCUUUUUGCAGACCGAUGGGCUAACUGAGGACCAGAUCUCUGCUAAUCGCCCAUUCUACAAUCCCGACACUACAUCCAUUAAAGCUCCACCUGGUCAAGGAUGCCCCCGUUGUGGUGGUAUGGUGUUUGCUGCUGAACAACAAUUGGCUAAGGGAACGAUGUGGCACAAGAAAUGCUUCAACUGUGCCGAAUGCCAUCGUCCCCUAGAUUCGACCCUGGCCUGCGACGGUCCCGACCGCGAGAUCCAUUGCCGCGCCUGCUAUGCCAAAUUGUUCGGCCCUAAGGGCUUCGGCUUCGGACACACCCCCACCUUGGUCUCAACCGACGGUGCCGCCCCCGUGAUCCACGACCCCCGCCCCAACAGCGGCCCCCGCGGCGUCGCCGGCCAAGGCUGCAGGAGGUGCGGUUUCGCCGUCUUCGCCGCCGAACAAAUGAUCAGCAAGAACGGACUUUGGCACAAGAGGUGCUUCAGCUGUGCCGACUGCGGCCGUUCCUUGGACUCCACCAACCAAAACGAUGCCCCCAAUGGCGAGAUUUACUGCAGAGGCUGCUACGGUCGCAAUUUUGGUCCUAAGGGUGUAGGAUUCGGAAUGGGUGCUGGAACACUUACGAUGGCUUAAACCAAACAUUUAUUCAAAUAUUACUUUCUUAAUCAAUAAUCAAAUUUAUCCAUCUGAUAUAGAAUUUAGAAAAAAAGUCUGAGAGUAAAACGUAUUAUUUCGACAGGCCUGGACAGAACAUCACUUUUUGUAACAUCUUCACUUUUAUUCUCAGAACGUAUUAUUCACUUGUGAAAGAAACAUUGAUUAAGACUGUUGUAACAUAAUUAUUCUAGAUAUAAACAAGGAUAUCCCUGCUUAUUAAAAAUGUUGAAAAGAGAAAUUGCGCAAACUUGAAGUAACUACUACUCUUUUACUAGUGUUAACAUGUAAACUUUAGCUUAGGGCAUAUUUUUUGAAAGGUAUUUUUUUAAAAUGAUUUUUUUAUAAUAUAUACAAUUCCACAACUUGACGACGAGACUCAGAGGGAACAUAAGACUCAGAAAAACUGGUUUCCGGACGCCAGUACACCAUUUUGGAUGAAUUUCCUUCGAACGACACAGGUCGACCUGAGACAUUAAAAACUUUUUGUAUAUAUCUACACCGGCCAUUUUUAUGGUCUAUCGAACGGAUGCUUAGCGCUUUGCAAAACUUGUAACGUUUAUCGCUCUCAAUUAUACGAUAUUUUUGUUUAGAUGUUAUACUCAAUUGUCUAUACAAUAAACACAUUCUAAAAUA